GGCCAAUGGAAGAGUGAGGUGCUGGCGGCAGGAAGUGAGCUCAUGGACCCAUGUGAGCAAGCUUGGAUUGCAACACAUGCACCAGCAGCCGCGGCGAAGAAAGAAGCCGGUUUCUACGUCACAUCUGGGAGCUGGGGUUGCCUCCAUCGAAAGCGGACGUUGAGCUCCAAGCUGAGAGCCGAGGAUAAGGGGGACAGCUCUCGGCUUUAGACAGGAGGAGGAGAGAAGAUGGCGGACGAUCCGAGUGCGGCAGACAGGAACGUGGAGAUUUGGAAAAUCAAGAAGCUGAUUAAGAGCUUGGAGGCGGCCAGAGGGAAUGGCACCAGCAUGAUCUCUUUGAUCAUUCCUCCAAAAGACCAAAUUUCACGGGUGGCGAAGAUGUUGGCGGAUGAGUUUGGUACAGCAUCAAACAUCAAGUCUCGUGUGAACCGACUUUCUGUACUGGGAGCAAUUACAUCUGUGCAACAAAGGCUUAAACUCUAUAACAAAGUUCCACCAAAUGGCUUAGUUGUGUAUUGUGGAACAAUUGUAACAGAAGAAGGAAAAGAGAAGAAAGUAAACAUUGACUUUGAACCUUUUAAACCAAUCAACACAUCUUUGUACUUGUGCGACAACAAAUUUCAUACAGAGGCUCUCACAGCUCUCCUUUCUGAUGAUAGCAAAUUUGGAUUCAUUGUAAUAGAUGGUAGCGGGGCACUUUUUGGAACCCUUCAAGGAAAUACAAGAGAAGUGCUACACAAAUUCACUGUGGAUCUUCCAAAGAAGCAUGGUAGAGGGGGGCAAUCUGCAUUGCGUUUUGCACGUCUAAGAAUGGAAAAGCGCCACAACUAUGUCAGAAAAGUGGCAGAAACAGCUGUACAGCUCUUUAUUUCUGGUGAUAAAGUAAACGUAGCUGGACUUGUGUUGGCUGGGUCAGCUGACUUCAAAACAGAGCUCAGUCAAUCGGACAUGUUUGAUCAGCGAUUGCAAUCUAAAGUCUUGAAAUUAGUUGAUAUAUCAUAUGGUGGAGAGAAUGGCUUUAACCAAGCAAUUGAAUUAUCAACGGAGGUCCUUUCAAAUGUGAAAUUUAUCCAAGAGAAGAAACUAAUAGGACGAUACUUCGAUGAGAUUAGCCAGGACACGGGGAAGUAUUGUUUCGGUGUUGAAGACACACUAAAAGCAUUGGAAAUGGGAGCUGUAGAAAUUCUGAUCGUUUAUGAGAACUUGGAUAUCAUGAGAUACGUCUUGAGAUGUAAUGGUUCUGAAGAGGAGAAGACCCUCUAUUUAACACCAGAGCAAGAAAAGGACAAAUCACACUUCAUUGACAAAGAGAGUGGACAAGAACAUGAGCUAAUAGAGAGUAUGCCUCUACUAGAGUGGUUUGCUAAUAACUACAAAAAAUUUGGCGCAACACUGGAGAUUGUUACAGACAAAUCACAAGAAGGAUCCCAAUUUGUGAAAGGAUUUGGUGGCAUUGGAGGGAUCUUGCGGUACAGAGUAGAUUUCCAAGGAAUGGAUUACCAAGCUAGAGAUGAUGAAUUAUUUGACCUCGAUGACUACUAGGUAGUCGACAUGGGUCUGGCAGUGUGUGCCUAACCCUCCAGCAUCCAACCCAAGAAGAAAUUUUGUGGUGAAAGACAUACAUGUCCCUGCCUUAGAAUUUGAACAUUUCCAGUACUUUGUCUAUAAGCAUUGGAUAUGAGAAAUAAAAUUGUUUUGUCAUAAUGUAGAGUGAAUGCAUCUGCAAGGUUCAUUCAUGUCACCUGGACAUGUUUGACAAAUCAGUUUUUAUCUAUGAAAUCAGUUGAUCUUGUAUUCUAUUAUUUUUUAUCUUUAUACACAGGCAGAUAAAAUGCUUCAAAUAUCCAUGCAAAUUAACACCAUGUUCCUUUUUUUUUCUGCAUAAUGGGAAAACUUAAAUUUUAUAUUCUGUUUAGAUCUUUGGGAUAAACAAUGGGACAAGCACACAAUAUAAAGUUUAAAAUGUAUAGCAGACCUUUACAAAACAUAUUGUAAUAUAUUUGUGCUACCUAAAUUGGAGAAAAUACAGUCCACUGACUGUUGGAACCCUUGUAAUAAAAAAAAGAAAUGUAUCUAAUGUCCCAAAUGCAAAAACAAUAACCUGUAUCUUUGCAUGAUGCUGUGCAGCAUGAAAGACAUUGCAAGUGACAGCACAGAGCAUGCAAGCUGCACAGCAUUCAUUCCUCUCCUUACCUUAAUAUAGGAUAUCUGAAUCAAAUGUCUGAUACUGAGCAUGGAGAGUAUGUAUGGUAAUCGCCUUUUACAGCCACAGCAGUUUAACAGGGAUAAGUUAGCAAAAGAAUAACUUAAACGCCUGACAUUAAUGACUCUUUGAACUGGUUGCUCAGUUUAAUUUUAUUAAUGUAUUUUAUUGAGUCAUUUUUGUGACUUAUUAUUCCCAAAUAUAACCAUUUAUGCUCUUCUUGGUCUGUAACUCCAGUUGUGUUUUGCAUGAAUUAUUUAAAGUUCAUAUCGUGCUUCCAUAAGCAGCUAACACACGGGAAAGUGUGAACAUUCUCUUGUAAUGUGUAGUUGGGCAUUACUUACUGUCCAUUACUAUAUGAGCCUUAAAUU